CAAGGUACAUUUUCUGAGAACACAUGUUUAGUUCAGGUUGAACGCUGUGAACAUUCGCCAAAACACGACAUUACAAUUCAUAACUGUGGUCACAUCGAUUGCCUGUCAGUAUGUGGUCCAAAGCCGCAAUCAAGUAGAGACGAUACCAGUUGUUUUGUCAUUCGAAACCAACAAUCUGCUAUGAAGAAACGAUAUUUUGCCAUUCCCUGUCUCAGUGUGGUUAUACUUUUUGUGUAUCUACAUUUGAACUGGAAUACACUCAACCUAUCACAGGUCUACCUUCCCGAAAGAGGAGUGACAUAUCUCACAGAGAAGGUUAUGCGUUAUGGAACAAUCUUUGUGCCUUCGGUGUGUGCUCAUCCAAACAAAUCACGCAUAUAUCUAAAGCACGCUCACAAAGUUUACAAUUUAGGAGAUGAGGUUGAAGUGCAAAUAGAUCUGUAUGAUAUGCUUGGUAACCGCAAGAUGACGGGAGGUGAUUUCUUGAGAGUUUGGAUGGAGAACCCAGAGAGAGCAGCUUCGGUUUCCGGUCGGGUGGCGGACCUCUAUAAUGGAAGUUAUACUGCUCUGCUUAAAGCUGUAUGGCCAGGAAAUGCAACAAUCAAGGCAUUCAUUGCUACGAGAAGAGAGGAGAUCGUUCUUGACUAUAUGAUAUUGCAAAAGCAUUACAGUCUCUGGACGAUUUUUGCUGAAUUUCGGGCAAACAAUCUCAAAGAUUCAACAAAGUGCUCAAUUAGCCAAGGAAAUUCCUUAAAGACGAACGAAUGGUGUAAUUUCACGAAUGAGAACAAUGGAUACAGUUACUACUGCAGGAAAUCCAAAAUCAAACAGUUAACGUGUGAUAGAUGGUCGCAUUCAUAUAGUGAAAACAGAAUUGCUGCUCCACUUAAUAACACAGAGAGGAACAUUCUUGGUUUGUCUGUGAUAGAUCCAAAACCCGAUAUUUUACAGACUUCAGUGAAGGUGUCUGUGAGAAGAGCUUCUAAUGAUAUGGAACUGCCGGCCCCUAGAACUCCCUGCAACAAGUUACCAACGGUAAUGACAUGGCAACGUACGUCUCCAAAUGGCUACUUUCUCCAGAAUAAAUGGCAUUCGCUGUUGUGUACUAACACUUUGCCCCGCACCACUGAUGCCUACAGACGAUGCUUGAAAGGAAGGACGCUCUGGCUUCAUGGGGAUUCAACCAGUAGUCAGUUUAAAGGUGCUCUUCAUUCAAUUUUACACUUUCCAUCCCAUACGGACGGGCAUGUACCAACUACAGACACAGAUGUUACACACAAUUUUUCAAUUUCCUGGCACGCUCAUGAACUACCGUUCUAUAAUGGAGCUCGACGUUAUGACAGGUCAACACACCAGGGACAGAACGUCAUGAUGGACCGUCUCCCGAACACAACCAAGGACAUCGUAGUGUUGUAUAUGUACGUUCAUUUCACGCUUGUCCAUCCGGAUGUGUUCAGGCGACAUGUUCAGAGACUUGUUCCAUCAGCAAAGAACCUCUUGGCACGCGCUCCUAAUGUUACACUUGCAGUUCGCGGUCCACAUGCGUUUUUCAGACCUAUGCACGGUUUGUUAUCCUACUGGGGUCUUCUGUACACUAACAUUUGGCAUGAGGCAUUUGCUUCACUGCAACACAAGAUUGUUUAUCUAGAUUUCUGGGACUUGACUAUGGCUAAAACUUCUCGGGAUUUCCACCCAGCAGAGGACACAGUGAAAGAAAUGGUGCACACCAUGAUGUCACUUAUGUGCUUUAGAAAGUGAAAGAGUCAUGUGGACUAAUCCUUUGUUGUCUGUAUUGUAACCGUGAAGGUUGUCUCUCCUCAAUUGUUCCGAUUUUUUUCAGGGUAUAUAUUACAUGGACCUUUGUAAUGAUGAUUGUAUCAUGGUAGUAUGGUGGCAGUUAGUCAGUCAUGGAUUAUUCUUAGCUUUGAAGGGAAUGUUUCACUGUAGAAUAGCACUCUUAGACAGAUGAUUCAAACUAAUGAUUCUGUAUGUGGAACAUCUCAGUCUGAAUCCAAAGUUUCUUCGGUAAAUAGAUGUUUACGUUUGAGCAAAAUGAAACCCUUAGAAUGAGCCAUAUGCAUUGGGUCCCUUUAGAUGCAAAGACAGACUUUGGCAUUAGGCCAUAUUAGACGACUAUAGGCGAUUAGAACAACCACUUGCCACGUGCACACUUGGAUUACUAACAACGUACAUUGUAGGACUUGGUCAAUGCCAAGAGAACGUGAUUUUGAUGUGUCUUCAUACUGUUGGUGUUUGUUGUUUAACACCGCGUUCAGCAAUAGUCCAGCUAUGUGGCGGCGAUCUGUAAAUAAUCGAGUCUGGACCAGAUAAUCCAGUGAUCAACAGCAUUAG